CCCCUGUACUUCACAGGCAGCCAGCGGAGCUCAGUCACCAGUCCGAGUUGGUUGAUCCGCGGCGACGUAACACACCGACUGGUACCCGGGAUCACUGCAGUCCAGUCCGGCCGCGCCACACACACACCGCCCGGUGCACCGCCUCACAGGAUAACCGCUCUCUGGUUGGUUUGGACACUCUGGACAGCAGCGCGCAUUGGAACACGGGAUUUAGUGGAGAAGUUGUCUCUGUGUGCCCGAGCCGAGGACUCUCGCUGUCAAGUCUUUGGGGAGGAUUUCUGACCUAUUCUUUUUUUUUUGUUCACUGUCGCCAAAAAGCGCGAGGACUUACGGAUUUUAAAGAAGUUUUCUGGGUUUUUUUUUGUGAAGUUCUCAGGAGAAUAUCGCCUGUUUUUCUCUUUCUGAAUGCUUGGUGACAUCUGAAAGACAGGGGGUUGCUGUCAGGACGGGAUACUUUGGGUUGGCGUCGGGGAGUGGUCGGACAGUUUUCUCGCGACGUCGGAGGCCGCCGUUCUGCCGGACAAAGCAUGCAAACGGAGGAUGUCGUCUGAGUCCCCGUCGGGCCUCGCUGCUCCGCGUCUCCCCUCGUCGUCCAGAGGAAUGACGGCUCUGUGUUGGUGCUCGCUCUGGCUCUCCUUCCUCCUGCCGCUCUGCGUCGCUCCGGCGCGGCUGCCCACCGCUCAGCCCACAGACUCCGUGUCCAGCGAGACGGCCUUCCUGGAGGACUAUGUUCUGGGCAUGGGGGACACCCUGGAAAUGUCAUGCGACCUGGAGGACCACUCGGAGCCCGUCGUCUGGUUCAAAGACGGCGCCGGGCUGGUGCCGGGCAACAGGACGCGGCUGGGCCAGAGGAUGUUACGCAUCAUCAACGUGUCGUACGAGGACUCCGGCGUCUACUCGUGUCGGCUCGCUCACAGCAACACGCUGCUCAGCAACUACACCAUCCGGGUGACAGAUUCUCUGUCGUCUGGUGAUGAUGAAGAUUAUGACGAAGAUCCAGAAGAUGCAGGUAAUGGAAAUGAAGCUCCUUAUUGGACGAGGCCCGAGCGAAUGGACAAGAAGCUCCUGGCCGUCCCAGCCGCCAACACGGUCAAGUUCCGCUGCGCCGCCUCCGGGAACCCGAUGCCGACCAUCCACUGGCUGAAGAACGGCAAGGAGUUCAAGGGAGAGCAGAGGAUGGGGGGCAUCAAGUUGAGACACCAGCAGUGGAGUCUGGUAAUGGAGAGCGCUGUGCCGUCAGACCGGGGAAACUACACCUGUGUGGUGCAGAACAAAUACGGCACCAUCACCCACACCUACCAGCUAGAUGUGCUAGAGCGUUCCCCUCACAGGCCGAUCCUCCAAGCGGGCCUCCCAGCCAAUCAGACGGUGGUAGUGGGCAGCGAUGUGGAGUUCCACUGUAAGGUCUACAGCGACGCCCAGCCGCACAUCCAGUGGCUGAAACACAUCGAGGUCAACGGCAGCCGCUACGGGCCCGACGGCGUUCCCUACGUCAACAUCCUGAAGACGGCUGGUAUUAACACUACAGAUAAGGAGCUAGAGGUUCUCUUCUUGACCAAUGUGUCUUUUGAGGAUGCGGGCGAGUACACUUGUCUGGCAGGGAACUCUAUCGGCUAUGCUUACCACUCUGCCUGGCUGACGGUGCUUCCAGAAGUGAGCCCAGAGAAGGAAGACUACUACGCCGACAUCCUCAUCUACGUGACGGGCUGCGUGCUCUUCAUCCUCGCUGUGGUCAUCGUCGUCCUUUGCCGCAUGAGAAUGACCACUCAGAAGACGCUGCCCACGCCGCCCGUGCAAAAGCUGUCAAAGUUCCCCCUCAAGAGACAGCAGGUGUCCUUGGAUUCUAACUCCUCCAUGAACUCCAACACCCCAUUGGUCAGGAUCGCCCGCCUGUCAUCCAGCGACGGGCCGAUGCUCGCCAACGUCUCGGAACUGGAGCUGCCCUCAGACCCUAAAUGGGAGUUUCCUCGAACACGGCUGACUCUGGGUAAACCUCUGGGCGAGGGCUGCUUCGGUCAGGUGGUGAUGGCCGAGGCAGUCGGCAUCGACAAGGAGAAGCCCAACAAGCCGCUCACUGUUGCUGUGAAGAUGCUGAAAGAUGACGCCACAGAUAAAGAUCUGUCGGACCUGGUGUCGGAGAUGGAGAUGAUGAAGAUGAUCGGGAAACACAAAAACAUAAUCAACCUGCUGGGGGCGUGCACGCAGGACGGUCCCCUGUACGUCUUGGUGGAAUACGCCUCUAAAGGGAACCUGAGGGAGUACCUGCGGGCGCGGCGGCCUCCGGGCAUGGACUACUCUUUCGACACGUGUAAAAUCCCAGACGAGCAGCUCACCUUCAAAGACCUGGUGUCCUGCGCCUACCAGGUCGCCCGAGGCAUGGAGUACCUCGCCUCGCAGAAGUGCAUCCACAGAGACUUGGCAGCCAGAAACGUCCUUGUGACGGAGGACAACGUUAUGAAGAUCGCCGACUUCGGUCUCGCCAGAGACGUGCACAAUAUAGACUACUACAAAAAGACCACAAACGGUCGUCUGCCCGUGAAAUGGAUGGCUCCGGAGGCGCUGUUCGACCGGGUCUACACGCACCAGAGCGACGUAUGGUCUUACGGGGUGUUGCUGUGGGAGAUCUUCACCCUGGGCGGCUCUCCGUAUCCAGGGAUCCCAGUAGAAGAACUGUUUAAGCUGCUGAAGGAGGGACAUCGGAUGGACAAACCUGCAAACUGCACACAUGAACUGUACAUGAUCAUGAGGGAGUGCUGGCACGCCGUGCCGUCGCAGAGACCGACCUUCAGACAGCUGGUAGAAGAUCACGACCGGGUUUUAUCAAUGACCUCCACCGAUGAGUACCUGGACCUGGCGGUGCCCUUCGAGCAGUACUCGCCCACCUGUCAGGACUCCAACAGCACCUGCUCGUCAGGAGACGACUCGGUGUUCGCCCACGACCCGCUGCCUGACGAGCCCUGUCUUCCCAAACCGCCGCUCCCCAGUAACGGGGUGAUCAGGACAUAAAACCUGAGCCAGGAGGGGGGGGGGGGACUGAACUUUUACCUCCUCGCUCACAGACUCCUCACAGUGACUCCUCAAGAUGUGGAACUUCAAACUCUGCAUGCGACACCUCCACAGCUCUUCUACUCGUCUUAAACUCUUUUUGGACUGAGUCUUCCUCCUCCUCCUCCUCCUCCUCCUCCUCCUCCUCCUCCCUCAGAGACUCCUGGAACAUUGAAGGAUUAUUUUUUUUUCUGCCGUUGAAAUCAUGUUUGUGUUCCUCUUUUCAGAAAUGAAAUUAUAUUUUUGUACUCGGGCCAGUCUUUUCUUACGGACAAUCUGUGCGGUGAAACCAUUCCGUGCCUACUGGGAUAAAAAUUAAAAAACCUCCUGACACCUAAAAAAAAAAAAAAGAGAGACUGACAGGUUACAAGAGGAGGCGAUGAAGGGCAUUGGUCAGUGACUGGUUGGAGAUUCAGUCGGCGAGGACCUCAGAUUUUUUUAUCCUCUCGUCUGCACCGGAGCCCUCAGACCGGGACUAAAGUUCAGUUCUCAAAGAAAGAUCCAUCGACAGGACACCAGCAAAGCUCGACGAUGUGACUCGUUCUUCCUAAGACUCUCAAUAACUCGAUGCUUCAAACGUGUUUUUCUUACAGAUUUCUAAGUCAUCAUCCAGAAACACUGUUUUGUGAUAAUCAUGGAACAAAUUCCUCACCGGACACGAGGCGACGUUUCAGGGCCAUCGGUAAUUAGUACAGCAAGGUUUUGGAGGUUUUAUAUAUAUAUAUCUAGAAAAUGAUUUAUUGUAAAUAUAUAAAUGGAAAUAUGUAUCAUAUUGCUGUCCACAGCGAUGUACGUAAAAGACAAAAAAUCACACUUUUUUUUUAAAGUAUUUGUUUUUAGGAUGGAAGCAUUGCAAUCUAGAAGACACUGUCAUGAAAGUGUGAAUCAUGUAAUCGUUGAAAGUGACACAGAAAAAGGUUUAUUUGAAUAAUUAACGUGUAUAUUUGUAAAGAUAUUUAUAGACUUAACAUGUGGUUCUUCAGUUUGAACGCUCUAGUUUAGGAUGUUAGUACUGUACACAGAUUUUUAUUUCUUUUCUUUUUUUUGUAACUUAUUUUACAUCAGAACUGCGACGUUAUUUUUCACUUCCUUGUUUUUUUUUUAUCCAUCUUUUUUUUUCUCCUUUUGUUUACAGUUUUAAAAUAUUAAGAAUGUAUGACAGAGGCGACGAUGAUUUUUUUUUUAAAGAGCGAGUGUGAUUCGACCUCCAGAGGACUGAAGGCUCCCGCUGAAGGGAGACCGGAUGUUCCUGCUGAGUUCGGACUCUGGUUUGAAAAGUUGACGUUUGCAAUAUGAAAGCAACGAUGAGCUCUUGCUGGGCAAGAAAAAAGCAGCGCUUCAAGUAAUGUACCCGAGAGGCCUUUUAGUUUGACUGAAGUACUUAAAGACAUCAACAACAACCAGCUGUGAAAAAAGAAGCCUUCAGAGAACCUCAGCAGAGCUUAAUAUGUAAUCCUGCUUCUAAUGCUGUUUGAUUUCCCAGUCUCUAAUGGUAAUGAUUUACAUUUGAUCUUAUUUGUACUUCAUAUCAGAAACAACAGAAUAAAGAAAAUGCCCUUAGAAAUAAAAAGCUAAUGAAGCUUUGUCUUAAAAAAAAAGGUGAAAUAAUAAAUGAUUGAUUGAGAAGAAGAAAUAGCGAACCGCAAAUACAUUUCAUGUAGCUAUGAACUACAAUUCCCAGAAUGCUUUUCAGCAGUUAUCAGAGAACGUUCUUGGAUUUUCAGUCCUACAGUAAAUUGUGAAAACGUGCUGGAGAACAUGAGCAACAGAUUUACAACAUACAGAUGACUAAGCUGCUAAUUAACACAAUAUUUACAGCUUAAACGUUUCUGUUAUCGCACGUGGCAGCCAUGUUGGAUUUUAACUCGGGUUACUGAAGGUUCUCGGAGUUUCCAAGUUGGAAUUCUGACUUUAAGGGGGGGGCGUUCCUGAUGACCUAUCAGACCUGCAAAUCAGAGUCCGACUUCCAAGAUCAAAUGGAACGCACCAGAAGUUUACCAAUGCAUUCUGGGAUUUGGAGUCCAGUGAGACUGCAGAAAUCGUUUUCUGCUCACCUCUUUUUUGAUUUGGAGCCUUGAUACAUAAAUCUGAAAUUUAAUAAAGAUAUAGAAGAUAAAUUAAAUGGAAUAUACAUAUUAACAGAGAAUAAAUUAUAUCUCCAUUAUAUAGAGCUUUCUUGAAGGGUGUCAAAUGUCAAUAUCAGUUAGAUUUUUCCUUUUCAAAGGUCUCUGAAGGUUUUAAACUUUUCUGUUGGAACAGAAAGGUUACAGGGUCGAGGCUUACUCGCUGGGUGCCGUGUUUCAGAGAGACACUCGGCACCUGUGUGCGCACUCACAGAUGAAUACAUCAGCUUGAAGGCAGAAAUGUAAAGCUGGUACGUCCUUGUCCUUUUGUGCUUGAGGCGUUACUAAAAAUAAAAAAAACCUGCCCAGACGCUUGAGAUUUUAUCGCUGCUCUAUAGUAUUAAAACUGAAAUGAAGGCAUGCUGUGUGAUUUCCCACAGCUUUAAAAGAAAACUAUAUAUACAGUAUAUAUGUUGGUUUGUUAAAGGAGACUCUGAAGUCUGUGGUGGAUCCUUCUUCCAGCUUAGUGUGCUACAAAAAAAAAGUGCCAAAUUAGUCUUAAAAGUCUAUUUCACAGACAUCUCCAGAUCUCUGAACCGAACACUGCACUGUCGAAUGUAGGCGGUCGGAGGUUUCAUGUGCAGAGAAGGAUCGUGGGAUUGCCAAAUGGAUGGCUACCCUUUUCUUAAAAAUGCAGUUGUAUCUCCAGCUGACCCCAAAACAGCGCAGGGGUUGAAAUGUUUACAACGUCUGUUUUUAGCAAAGUCACAAAAGGGAAAGUAACAUUCACGUGGCAUUGAAGGGUUCAGAGUCGUGAUUCACUCGCUGCUAAACGGAAAACAGUGUUAACUUUUUACUGUGCAAUGGCCUUUUUCAAUGUGUGAACGGAAUUUAUGUAGAGACAUUUAUUGUUAUAUCCCAACAAGACCUGUGUCAGUACUUAAUAAAUGCUCCUUUAAUAUUUGAAGUACUUAAAAGAGUGAACAUUUUGUAUUUAAUUGUGAUGCUACACUGGGAGAUUUUAUGUAUUUUAGCACCAAAUUAUGUACUUUUUUUUCAUUAUAUGUGCACAGAAAGAAGGCCUUUGUAAAGUGAAAGGUUACACACAUUUAUUGGUAUUUCUUUUUUUCAGAACAGUUUUUUAGUUUUGGCCCAAAUCUAUGAAGUGCCUGAAACAAUUUGGCUAAAACGACAUGAUUAAUUGAUUCAUUUUGGUCAGUUUGAAUGUAUAAAUGCAAAAAAAUAAAAAGGCAGUUCUCACUAAAAGCAGGCUAUGUACAUAUUAGUCUGCCCCCCCCCCCCCCCCCCCCCUAAGUGAACUAGACAAGAAGGCACUUGUGUAAAGUUUGGAUGGAUCUAAUGAAACGGAUGCUGUUUGUUUUAUUUAUUCUUCCAUGCUGGGUAAAAGCUUUCCCUAUGGUGAGAGUAUUUUUAUUCAUAGCUAUCUGCUUUUCAGUGUUGUUUUUCAUUAAAGAGCCAGAAGAUGAUGACAAUGACGAUGUAGAGUAGUCAUUUUACUUAACGCUGUUGCUCCCCAUCAGGCUUUUCUCCUGACUUCAUUUAUCUUUGAUUUGAUUUUGUUUGGAUGCCCUCCCUGGCUUCACUUCUUUGUACUCGUCAAGCUUUUCCCUUUUGACAAUUUAAGUCUCAAUUUCUCUGUGAACUCACUUUUUAAAAAAAGGAUUUGUUGUUUUUGACAUUUGUCUAGCGUGUGGAGUAAAAGUAGAUCAUAUCUGCAUGCUUCAGAAUGAUGUAACAAAAGUAAAGAAGGAACAAAACGUACAACAAAAACCUAAACUCUCAACUGAUGCUAAUUUUAUAAGUCGUCCACAAAUAUAAUUUAGAUUCAGCAUGACUCACACUUUCCAGGGAUAUUCCUAACAUUAAGUUAAAAAGUAUCAAGGUUGAAAUCUUUGAAAGUAAGCCCCUUUUUACCCAGUUAUCACCCAUUUUUACUUUUUAUUAAAUAAUACCAAAACCCGGGUAGUCUACUAUUAAUAGCUAACUGCUAAUGAUAUCAAGCUAAUUUCCCAGAAUGUAAAUAAUUGAAAUGAUAAGAUAAAUUCUUGUAGAUGAGGAUUUUCAUGGGGAAUCUUUUGACUUGAUGUUUUAGGACCUGCUUUGAAAGAGUCACGCUGUCGGUUUAUGUGACAAGCUACUAGCUUAACUGACAGACUGACCGACUAAAAUGUUGCUUUAGCCACAUAUUUAACAGCCCAUAGAGGUACGUCAUCUCUCCCUUUACAACAUUUAACAUUUGGGAAGAUGUUUUGUAUUGGAAAACCUGUUUUUCACUCAUCAAGAGGGAGCUAUAGCAAGUUUGGCUAACUUGCAAAAGACGCUAAUUAGAUAGAUAGAUACUUUAUUGAUCCCGAGAGAAAUUCAAACUAGCUUGACUAGCAAAUUUCUGUACCGUACAAUACAAGUUGAUAAACACUUUUUUAUUUAAGAAGAAAACACAUAAUUAGUCACAAGCUAGCAUUAGUCACCUCUACCUUUACCACAUUAUAUUUUGCAGGACUAAUGUGCGGCGUAAUUUGUGCUCCUCCAUGUUUUAGAAGCUAGCACGCUAGGCUUACUAGCUUAAUCAGCCUAGCGUGCAAGCUGAUUCACAGUUAAGCUUUUCUUGAGCUCAUGUUAUUUAAAAAAAAAAAAACACCAACAUUUCAGAUAAAUUAGACAUUUAAUUGGACAGAAACAAAAAGAUUUAAGUAGUUUUAUCUGGUGGUGCGUUACAGGAAAAUGGGCACCACUUGUAUCAGUAAGAAAUAUUGUUUUAGUUCUGUGAUCAACAUGAUGCUUCACAGGCAAAUGUUAAAAACAACAAAUCCUUAUUAAGAAUGAACAUUUAUCUUUUGGUAUCAAAUCAAUAAACUUCAUGGUCUCAGCAGGGAGGGCGUCUUACUGUAACGUCACACAUUAGCCUUUUACCACCUGCUGUCUCGACUCUGACUGACUUAUUUAUUCUCUUUUCUGUUCACUUAAAAAAAUCAGGAUUGAAGACGAUGAGAGAUGUGUUAUCUAAGCUUCCUUUAGUGUUAAUAUCGCUUUACUUUCCCGGUUUGGUUGGUUUUUGUUUUCACACUUCUGCUCUUUUGUUUCCACCCCGCAGCGAUGUUAGUCCAGAUUAAUUUAUAGUUUGAAAUGUGCUUUUACAUUCAUGUACAUGAGUAGAGUUUUAUGUAGCUGUGUGAGCUAUUUUGUAAGAAUCCUAGAGAGGAAAUAAUUUCACUUCUUUUUAAUUUCUUUCCGUUACGUCACAUUUCAUGUCGCAUUCCACUUCAGGUUUUUACAACAACAGCGAGACAGUUUCAUAUUUGUCCUUUGAUUUUUGCUCCAAUCCCUCAUAAUUUAUUUUCCUCCCUCUGUAUUCAUGUUUCUAACAUAGAAAAGGUGGAACUAACAAUUUGGCAUUAUGUGACUUUUUUCAUUUUUAAUUCAUAGCUUGUUUGUUGCAAUGUACCUGUUUUGAUCAUGAUGAAUCCUCUGUAACAUUCCACUACAAAACCCCCUCUGGGCAAACGUCUCCCACUGGGAAAAACAACUAUUUCACAAGGCUCUCUCUCCCUCUCUCUCUCUCUCUCUCUCUCCCUCUCUCUCUCUGUGCCUGACAAACUAUGCUGUCAAAAAAGGUUUUCAAUAAACAUGUUAUAAUAGCGUC